ACUCAUACAAGGCAAUUCCAACUGGCUGUCGUCGUUGUCGUAGUGACGCAAAUAUGGGAGCUCGCUUGGUGGCGUCGUUCGGUUUGGCGGUGGCGGCGGUCGCCCAUGCCGCGUUGGAGCCACAGCGUGUGUGCAUUGUGGGAGGGGGUGUCGGAGGCAGUGCAACCGCCUCGUUUCUCCGCGACCUCGUCCCCGACCCGUCCGCGGUCGAGAUCGUCGUGUUUGAACAACACGACGUUGUCGGCGGCCGCAUUGCCACGUUCGACUACCACGGCACAACGAUUGAAGCUGGUGGCACGGUCUUCCUCACGGGCAAUGAGUACAUCAUGCAGUUCACGAAGGCGCUGAACCUGACGCUGCGCAUCCCGGGGGACACGCUGGCGUCCCCUCCCCAAAUGGCCAUUUUCAACGGCCGCGAGAUUGUGUUUCAAACGUCGGCCAUCUCGUGGUGGAACAUGGCAAAGCUCGUAUGGCGGUACGGCCCGUCCAGUCUCCGUGCAUUCCAAAGCGUGGUCAACGACCUCCUCACACGAUUUCGCCGCGUGUACGACCUCCAAGAUGCUGGCCAAGCGUUCGCUGACCCAGCCGACCUCUUGCGGGCCAUGCAUCUGUACGAGCUAACUCAGGAGUCGUUGGAGACCAAGCUGGUCGAAGCGGGGGUGUCUCCGCAGCUGAUCAACGAACUCUUGGCUGGCAUCACGCGCGUCAACUAUGGUCAAAACACGACGAUGACGGCCCUCGCGGGCGCUGUCGGGCUGGCCGGAAGCGGAGACGACCUCCGUUCCGUUCGUGGCGGGAAUCCGCUGAUGAUUCAAGGGCUGCUGAAGCGCGCCCAAGCCGUUGUCCGUACCAAAACGAAAGUCCACUCGAUCCAGACAACUCCGUCGCUGCAAGUAGACACGUCCAACGGGCUCGUGUCAUGCCAAGCGGUCGUGGUGGCCACGCCACUGGAGCUCACGGACAUGGCGUUGCCACCGUCGAUUGAAACCCCCCAUCGCCCAUUCCAGACCACCCAUGCCACGUUUGUCCAGGGGGAAUUGAACGGCUCGAAAUUCGAGGUGGCGGGACCCGUGGCGGCCGGAGUCGUCUUGACCACCGAAUCGUCCAACCUCCCGUUUUCGUCCAUGGGGCUGCAGCAUCAGCGCGUCGACGCAGCGAACGAAACAGUGUCGCUGUUCAAAGUGUUCUCUCGCUCGCGAUGGAGUGAAGACCACGUGAAGGAAUGGUUUGACGACGGCGCCAGUGUCGUCAAGCGAUUCCCGUGGCGCGCGUACCCGACGUACAUCACGCCAGAGCCCAUCCCAAAGUUCAAAUUGGCCGACGGCGUGUACUAUGUGAAUGCGAUUGAAAGCGCCGCCAGCGCCAUGGAGAUGAGCGCCGUGGGGGCCCGCAACGUCGCCCUCUUGAUUGCGAACCAACUCAAGAAAACGCCGCGCGUCUACGAAGCUACCGACGACACCAAGGCCGCCAUGGACGAAUUGUAGGAGGUAACGUGAGCACAUUUUUGUGGUUGGUUACACAGGAGGAACCUUGGCUGCGACUCCA